GAAAUUAUUACCCUUUAUAUAUCACAUUGAAAUCCGUAUAAGUAACAUUUCUAGGCCCACCUUGUAUUGAAAUUCGUCCAUUGUAAAUAUUACUGAUCUUUUAUUCUUUCAGAUUGGUUACUGGAGUGGUGGAAUCUUCAGCUUCAACGAAAGCCUUAUACGCAUGUAUGACUCUAAGGGUAGACGUAAGAUGCACACUUCUGAAUGCCCUGGAGUCUGUAAACAUUGCAACUGGAAGGAACAACCACUAGAUGUCACUAAUGUCCCAAUCAAAUUUGAAUCUCACGAGACUAUAUGGGGACUUCUCGUCAUCACGUUGUCCAUAUUAGGAAUUGUGUUAGCCUUCAUCACCAUGAUGCUGUUUAUGCUUAAACAAAACCAUCCAGUGGUGCUUGGUUCGAAUGGAGCGCUAAGUAUCAUAAUACUUUUAGGUAUAGUGCUGCUAUAUUUAAUGAACUUCAUAUGGAUGAUCUCAUCCUCUCCUAUCACGUGUGGAAUGAAACGCUUUGGAAUCGGCUUCUUCUACUCGAUGAUCUUCUCAAGCCUAUUAGUGAAAAUAGUCCGGAUCAACAGAUUUUCAAACAAGAUGAAUUCUAGUAACAAGCCUCAAUUUAUAAGUGGACCUAGCCAGAUUGUUGCCACGUGUGUUCUUAUAGCCCUAGAGUUGGUCCUUGUUGUUGAAUGGCUUAUCCUGAAACCUCCAGAGGUAGAGUGGUACCUCGUUAAUGAAACACAAGAUGAGGAGUACCCUUUAUACACACCAAUCUGGAGAUGUGUCAAUCCAAAACUAUCCUUAGUGCUAUCAUUGUGUUAUAUAUACGUUCUGGUAGUCCUCUCACUCGCGUUUGCCAUCAAAGCUAGGAAGUCGAUCGAGUUCCAACAGGAAGCUAUGUACAUUUGUGUGACAUCCCUAGGAACAAUAGUUAUCAUGCUAGCAUGGAUACCUGUAUAUAUGCUAGCCGAUGGAGAAUACGAAACUCCGGCUAUAUGUAUAGGGAACACUGUAAAUACGUCAUUGAUAUUCGGUAUGAUGUUUCUACCGAAGGUGUUAGCACUAACAGCAACUAGCCCAAAAGGAGCCGCUAAAACCACAAAGAAGACAAAACAAAGCAAACCAACAGAUUCCACCAUUCCAAUACCACAGCAGUAUAUGGAGCCGAGGAAUUCACUAAGAGGAAGCUCAGAUUCAGGUAAGAGAUCAAGUUGGAUCCGUCAAAACACAAGAUUAUUUUAGAUAUUUUGCUUUUUAUAUUCCAGAAAAAUAGAAUUUUAGAGGACUAAUCAUUUGAAUAUCAUGGAUGUCUAUUGUGUAAUAGUAGUAAUAAAGCUAGUCUAUAGGGAUACAAUUAUUACUUAUCAAGAACAAAUUCAACAACCCUUGUGGUUUGAACAAUAGCGCUGCGAACUGGAGCAUUCUGAAGUGCGAAAGUCAGAUCAUAUA